AUGAAGCUCACAACCUCCCUUACCGUUGCUCUCAUCCCAGUAGCAAUGGCCCUCCCAACCCUUGACACUAUCAAAAACUACGCCCGCCAAUCCCUCAACACAAUCACAGACAACUACCUCUUUAGCAUCUCCCUUGCAGCCUUCACCGCAAACCGCAACGCUUUGAACCCCUCAACUCUAGACUGGAGCUCAGAUGGUUGCACCGCGUCCCCAGACAAUCCAUUCGGCUUUCACUUCGUGCGUGGCUGCAACCGACACGAUUUUGGGUACCAGAACUACCGUCUGCAAACCCGUUUCACGGAAUCCGCAAGGUUGAAGAUCGAUAAUAACUUCAAGGCGGAUUUGUACUUCUUGUGUGAAUCAGAGAGCCCGAAGGGCGUGUGCCAGGCCCUAGCAAAUGUUUAUUAUACGUUUGUGAGGGCAUUUGGUGGCGGUGAUGCUAGCCCCGGGAAGAGGGAUGUGGAUUUGGUGGCUGAGUAUGAGAAGGCGGUUAAGGAGUAUGAUGCCCUGGUUGUAGAGGCUCAGACUGCGGGGGAAUUGCCAGUACUCCAGUAG